AUUAACCUAUACUCGUUCGGUAACGAUAAAAGACGAUACGAAGAAAAACACACAUUAUGUAGUCAGUUUAUAAGGUGCAGCGACACGUUGACAACAAAUUCGUUACACCGUGACGAAAAAUGAAGCCAAUUAUCACCCUAAUUUUAUUCCUUUUUUACUUUUCGUCCACUUGCGAAUCUUCAAAAUGCGUCAAACAAACCUUCACCCCUGAGUCCAUCCUCACAGGUAUAACCCACACCCGCUUCAAACGAGACACCCCUAAAUUAGAAGAAAUCGUUUGUACUAACGUCACCGCAAACCUAGACCUCGACAUCGCCUACGAAGUGAAACCCUAUCGACAGGAACUCUGGAUUCGCGACUCCUCCAUCCCCAAAAUUCCGGCCAACUCCUCCCUGUCAAGAUUCACCCACAUCCAGACCUUGCGCAUCAUCGGAGUGGGUCUGGAACAAAUCGAACCCGGCGCUUUUGAUAAACUAACACAACUCAAAGAACUCAACCUGAACGUCAACAACCUGACCAAAAUCUCCAAGGGAGUUCUGAACAACCUACCCACCUUGGACACGCUCAACCUAGCCGUCAACCAAAUCAGCGAAAUAGAAGAAGGCAGCUUCCAGGGGCUCGACAACCUAACCACUUUGAACAUCUACGAAAACAAGAUCACCUCGUUUGGGGAAAACGCCUUCAGCGAUUUGAAAAGCCUGGACAAUUUGUGGAUUUCGCACAACCCGUUGACGGAAUUCGCGCCUUCGGAAUUCCCGAAUUUGAAGAGCAUCAUCGCUAUUAAAACUGAACUAAAGACUCUUGAUAUUGACUUCACGAAAUCGCCGCUUGAUCAUCUCAAACUGACGCAGGGGAAAUUGGAAAAAAUCGACUUUGCGAAAUUUCCUUCCAUGACGAUGCUCCAACUCGAAAAAAAUCUAAUUAGUUCUGUGAAAAACUGGGAUAAGUUGGACUGUCGCCGGGUGUUUUUGCACCACAACAAAAUCACCUCGUUUGACAUUUCUGAAAACGUCGUGGAUUUGUAUUUGGAGUUUAACCAGAUUACUAAAAUCACUAACACUUUCGUGGGGCGAAACAAAAAACUGAAAAAUUUGUAUUUGAAUGGUAAUAAAAUUUCUGAAGUUACGUCUGACGUGUUGAAGGGGUUGGUAGAACUGCAACAUUUGAAUUUAAAUAAUAAUGAGAUUGCGGUUUUGAAAAAGGGGACUUUUGUGAAUACUCCGAUAUUGCGUAAGUUGGAUGUGGCUCAUAAUAAGAUUGCAGCGAUUGAAGUGGAUGCUUUCAAGGGGUUGAUUAAUUUUGAGGAGUUGGAUAUUUCGGAUAACGAUUUGGUGAAAUUGGAGUCGCCCGUGUUGUCUGAACUGAAAAAGGCGAAUGUGAUUGUUGGUAACACUGACAUUGAGUGGCAGUAUGUGGUAACCCUGGUGCUCAACAGUGAUGAUUUGUCCUUGCAACUGGACCAAACGUUCUGGAACUGUGAAAGCACUGAGCCUGGAUAUGUGCCCAAAUAUAUUACUAAACAUAAUGUAAAUAAUACUAUGUGUUCGUUCAAGAAGAAACAGUAAUGUGAUUUUGUGUAACAGAGUAUUUUGAAUAAAUCAUGAAUUAUUA